AUGGCGAAAACUGGCUUCUUCCACCAUAUUGGCACUUUCCUCUUGUUUGCAGCCAGCAUUCUCCUUCUCAUAACGACCAUUUCUUCGCCAGUGAUCAACAGCAUCGGCGUCUUGGAAGUGAAACUUACUAAUAGCACCAAUGGCCAUAAUUCCGUUGCCAGCUUUGGAACCUUUGGAUAUUGUAUUCGCCAUGCUAGCGGCAACAAAGACUACUGUACCCACGACCACAUUGGCUACAAUCCAGCUAAAAUCAUCGAGGGAGCCGACAAGACCGACUUCAACACCGCGUCAACCGAUACUACCAAGGCCCUCACCCGUGUCAUGGUCCUGCACCCUGUCGCAUGCGGUCUUGCCUUUAUCGCCUUCCUCCUAGCCGCUGGAUCAGGACUCAUUGGCGCUGUCGGAGCAGCGCUGGUAACGGCUGUUGCGUGGAUCGUCACAGUCGUCGUCAUGUGCACAGACUUCGUCGCCUUCGGAAUCAUAAAGCGACACAUCGACCGCGAUGGCAGUGGAAGUCGUGCGCACUUUUCUACCGCCAUGUGGACACUAGUGGCUGCUAUGAUCUGCCUCUUCCUCGCCUUCUUCAUCGUCCUACUCACAUGCUGCUCAAGCAGAGUUCACAGGCAAUCUCACGUCUCGAAGCACGCAGAUGCUGGAUAUGCGAACGGCACGACUACCACAAAAAGGCGGUUCUGGCAGCGACGUAGCCAGUACUAG